AUGACAUAUACUUUGUUUUUGUUAAGUGUGAUUUUGGUGAUGGGGUUUGUGGGGUUUUCGUCUAAGCCCUCCCCUAUUUAUGGGGGCUUAGUGUUGGUUGUUAGUGGUGUGGUGGGAUGUGCUGUUAUUUUAAAUUGUGGAGGGGGGUAUUUGGGUUUAAUGGUUUUUUUAAUUUAUCUGGGGGGUAUGAUGGUUGUUUUUGGGUAUACUACAGCAAUGGCUAUUGAAGAGUACCCUGAGGCAUGGGGGUCAGGGGUUGAGGUUUUGGUGGGUGUUUUAGUGGGGUUGGCGAUGGAGGUUGGGUUGGUUUUGUGGGCUAAGGAAUGUGAUGGGCUGGUAAUAGUAUUGAAUUUUAAUAACAUAGGGAGUUGGGUGAUUUAUGAGGGUGAGGGGUCAGGUUUGAUUCGGGAAGAUUCUAUUGGUGCGGGUGCGUUGUACGACUAUGGACGGUGGUUGGUGGUGGUUACUGGGUGGACAUUGCUUGUUGGCGUAUAUAUUGUGAUUGAGAUUGCUCGGGGUAAUAGG